CAUUCAUAGCAACCAGCAUGGCGACGGGGAAGCUUUAUUUCGCCUCUCAUCUGCUAAUAAGCUAGCUAGCUGUUAGGUUGUUACCUUUACGUGGCUGGGGUUUUCAUACAGCACUAAAAUGUUGAAAGGUAGAACUGCCGUAUUGUCUUGGAGUGUCCGAACUUUACCGCAGCAGCCUCGGCAUAUUUCUGUAGAAAAUGGGAUACGCUGAGUGGGACAAAAUCAUGGAAUCGAGAACAGGGAGUGUAUCAUCUAGACCAGGGUCCAGUCCUAGUGUGAGAGGACAGACAUUUAAAAGUAGCCCUUUCUGUCCCCGCUCCUCAAGCAAGCUGACGCAGUCCAUAAUCAAAGAUCACAUGAUUUCUCAUUACAAAAAGGUUUACUCAGCUAAAGCUGCCAUUGAUGCCUCAGUACCCAAAAGCUUAAUUCAUAGUGUAAAAUACAAUGAUCAGAUCAGGCAGGAGCGGCUGCGGAAGGGUGGUCGUCCUCAGUCAGCUCAAUCUCUCUCACAGAGGAAUAGCAGAGCCUCCUGCUCCUCAGCCCAGAGCCGAUCAUCAGCACACUACAAUGAAAGUCCCUACCUCUACUCAAGAAGUUCCAUGGACUCCAGCCUAAGGUUAAACACUUCCUUUAAUGCAAAAGACAUAGUAUAUCCAUCAAAUAAAGUUAGUCUACAGAACCAGCAUCAUCACAUUCGCCCAGCAUCAGAGAUGAAGUACCACAGUCCAGAAGCUACUUUAGACAGAAGGCAGUCAGCAUGUUCACUGGGAGUUUCAGGAGAUCAGAGUUGCUACAAGGCUUUCCGGGACCCUGUUCAGAAGACAUACAGUGGGGACUUGCUCAUGAAACAUUCACAAGUCUUUACUCAAGACAAACCUUUCACCCCUAAGACUCUGAGGUCAGAUAAGAGUUCAUAUCUGUCAAAAUAUCGCUACUAUCAAGCACCACGGAGGAAAACUACAGAGGAUUGCACUGGGUCUAGAUUGAUGAGACAGGAGACAUAUCAUGGAAGCACAAAAACAAAGGAGCACACACAGGAACUGUAUGAGUCAUCUCAGGGAUUUAAUACAGAGCGCGAGUGGUCUGAAGAUGACUUCAGCGGCACAUGUUUCUCAGCAUCCAGGGAACACAGUCGAGCAAACAAGAGUAGAGACCAUGAAUUAUUUUACACUUCAUCCAGGCUCUCAACAGAAGGGGGGAAAUCUUCAACUAUGAAUAGUGUAUCUAAAGAAGAAGAAGAACUAAUGUAUCUGGAGUUCAUUUCUGCUGUCACAGAGGAUAUCUUGUCCAGAGCGCACAUUUCUAACAGGGUACUUGAAAAGGUGAUGAAUCGACAUAUCGACAUGAAUCGGCACUGUCUUGAUGAAGGUAAAAUGCGCCACCUUCUGGAAGUUCUGCGUCAAGAAUUUGAAGAGCCAGCCAACAUAUCCAACUCCACAUCAGAGCCUAAAAAAAAGGAGAAUGGCCUGUUUGAUUCUCUCCUACCACAUCUGGCAUCAGAGAGGGAAGGAGCCAAGACCAAAGAUAACGAGAACCUGCUCCCUUGUGAGUCACGGAUGCAGAAUCGACGUUUGCCAGAUUAUUGUGAUCCUUUAUCGCCGUACCCACCCUUGUGCUCUUCUGAAAGCACUUCUACUUCACUAUCUAAAACAAUUGACAUUGAUGGAGGAGGUGACAACUUCAAGAAGGGCAUUAGCUCUUCUUGGCUCAGUGAGCAUGUUCCAGAUAAUGCAGCACUGGCACAAGAGGACUCCCAUCAAAAUCAAACAGACACAGCAGCAUUAAACAAAGAAAUCGGCAAUGACAGCCAAGAGUGCACCUCUGUAAGCAGUGACAAAGCAUUUCAUGAGGACACAGCUGAGGUCAGUUACAUUGGACAAUCCAAAGAGCUUGAUGAUCUGGGGAGGAGUUUGUCAGAGUCACUUUGUGUGUCCAGCAGUACACAACACAGCAAUGUGAAGACUACUGAGCAAAACACAAAUACAGCUGCCACUGUCAGUGAUGAUGAGUUUUGAAUUUUGCUGCGUUCACAGGCUGUUUUCUUUUUUUGUGACAGAGUGUUUUUGCAUCGAGAAAAUGUUUGAAUCUUUUGAGUGUAGUUUUGUCAGUAUGAUUUUACUCUCAUAUUUCUUACUACUUACCCAGUAUAGCACUGCAGUUCUAAUAUUGUAUGUCUUUACCAAAGCACAAUGUUAAUUUCACAAGAGCAAAAAGGUUUUUCAAGUGCAUCAGAGACGUCAUUUUCUUAUCAGGGAUGUAGAGUCAGACACUUGAGCCAUAGUAGUGGGUCUUGAGGGUAAGGUUUUACACAUUUUUAAGAUUUGCCUGAUGAUUAUUUUAUGAUUGGCAGAUUUACAGAUAGUACUGCACCAAUGUCAGAUUGGUAAAACGUGUUUUAUUAUUUAGUUUUGGUAAAUUGCAGGGAUUGUCUGUUAUAAUGUAGAUGCAGUUUAUUUUUCAGAUAAAACAAAGAUAUUCUAAGAAUGUUUCUCUGUGUUUGGUUUUAUAUAUGCCUGAUGUUUAACUGUGCUAGUUUUUUACCUUCACCAGAAAGUGUCUUUCACAAUUGCAAUAAAUUUUCUUUUUUUAUAA